AUGUCACGUUUUCCACCUGGAUUGCCUUUUAGGCUCAUCCCUCAUUUUGAAAUCUCAACCCUGUUAGACCCUAAGGACAUCAUCAUCGUCAACAACCAGCCUCAAACCAAUGUACGACGAACCAGGAGUGCUAAUUCCGCUGACUGUACUGAACGAGCGGCCAAGCAUCGCCGUACAAAUGGCGGUUCGGUAUCUGUGCCAAGGACUGCGACGACUCCGGUUGACCUUCAGCGUACGGUAAUGAUCAACAGUACUCUAAAACCUGAGCUACCGACACGAGAUGUUGACCUGUUUGAGUUCAAGGAUUCGUGCCGCCGUGCGGUGGAUCGGCUUCAUACACUACGUGAGGACGCAACUAAAUUGAAGGCGGAGGAUCUGAAGUCGGACUUGGGUAUGGAUUCUGCUGAGGAUGCUGCAUCUGUCUAUAAGUUGCGCACCAAUAUACAGUUGAUGUCGUGCUUGAGACAACCGUUACGUGCUCCAACGAUUACUGAGGUGAUACGCUCGGCGGCUAAUAUGAACGUGAGUCACAUUUUGGUCGAUCGCUGCCCACAUGGUCGUCCAAGGAGGAGGCGUAUAGACAUCCCGGUUGCUGCAAACAACAUCGCAUGGUCUGAGAAACGUUUGCACAAUUUAUAUGCGGCGUCAGUCAAUUUGCAUAGUUAUCAACUGGCAAUUGGAGCACGCCGUUACACGCAUCCCGAGAUAUCACCUGAAUCGGAUGCUUCCCGUCCUAUGCUAUUAAGAGGCCCUCAGAACCGUUCGAAUGCACCUAUGUUCCACCACCAUGCUAUGCAACGUCACCUCGAGCAACGUCGUCGGUCUGCAUUGACUUUAGUGUCCGACGACGAGUUGAUUGUAACGGUGAGCAUGUAUCAUGGCGUCCGUGGCCACAAGCUACGAGAAUACGACAUGCUGUCAUGUCAGCGCCUCUCUGAUCUGCGAGAUGUGUUUCGUUGUCCUGCCGAGAUUCGUCCAGUUGGGGUCAACCUUGGGGUUCAGGGGUCGUGCUUCAUGUUGAAUGGUCAGCUUUUUCCCGACCUACGUAAUGGAGCAUGCGAUUACUCUGAACCCCUUUUGCACUAUCUGCUUAAGUACAAGCCUGGUAUAUUGCGCACGAGUGAAUGUGUUGAGCAGAGCGAUGCGGUUAUAUGUCACCUUGAGUUGCCGGUAUACAGCCCCGGUUUUCUGCUCCACCACGGCGAUUGUGAGCAUCGUUUCGUGAUAACAGCUGUUCGCGCAUUCGUGAGAGGUCGUGAUUGCCCUUAUGAACAAUGCUACCCGGUUAGUGUGUUUACACCUCGUCAACGUUCCAUCCCUUGCCAAGUCUGCGAGGGCCGUGAGGCUAAAAUAUCGGUAUUCAACAGCCUAGUGCUGCCUCAUGUUCCUAAUUAUCUUUGUGAAGAGUGUUACAAGAGAUUUACAGCUUUAAAUACGCCAACAGGCGUGUACCGUUCAAACGGUCUUGCCCCUACCACUGCUGUCGAGUUCCCUAAUGAGUGA